AUGGCCACGAGUGCUUCCCAAACACUUGCUCUUCAGAGAAAUUCCUGGGAGCAGAACCGUUUCAUGGAGAAUUUAAUGACGAAAAUAUUUAACUUCUACGACGAGCAGACUCUAAUCGAUGUGACAUUCAAAGUUUCAAACCCAACGGCCCUUGUACCCGCGCAUCGUUUGAUACUCGCAGCAGCGAGUCCUUACUUCGAGAACCUUUUCAAUGGCAAUCAAGGCACUAAUCCAGUCAUCGAGAUAAAUGAUAUCGAUAGCGAUAUUUUUGAGCGUCUAAUAACCUUUUGUUAUACCGGACAGGUCCUCAUUACCGUUAACAAUCUCGCUGCCAUGCUAAAUGCGGCAAUCGUUUUGCAAUUGGACGAUGCCAGAAACCGUAUUGUGGACUACCUCAUGACACGUAUCGAUGAAUACACUUUACAGGGUGCUUAUACGCUGGAGCGUGAAACGCAAUGUGAAGUUCUUAAGACGAAAAUCAUCGAAUACGAGACCAAGAACUUCAUGGAGAUUAGCCGAAGCAAUGAGUUUUUGAAUUUUGAUGUAGAAAAAUUGCAACGUAUCUUGGUAUCUGACAAUUUGAAUAUAACCCGUGAGGAAGAUGCCUUCGAUGCCAUACAACGCUGGUACAAUUACGAUGUUCCUGCGCGCCAAGAGCAACUGCCACUUUUAAUAGCUUGUCUGCGGCUUACCCAAUUCAAAGUGGACUUUCUGAUGACACACAUACAGCCGUUACCUGGAUGUGAGCUACUGGCCCUCAGAGCGUUAUCGUGGAUCAGAGAGCCUACAGCGCGGCCAAUGACAAAUAUGCGAUUUACAGAACCACGUGGGAUCAGUACUACAAAUUGUGGUGACAAAACAAUUCUAGCCGUUUGCUCAGAGCUGACUCCCAAGCUGCUGCGAUAUUACAAAACUGAGAAUAAGUGGCAGGAAUAUGAGAGUAUAAAAUUCGAUUACCAAUGUUAUGGAACUAUUUUAAAGUAUGGUAAUUUAUUAUUUAUUGGCGGUUAUAAUGGUGCAACAUAUAACAUCGUUCGUUGCUGGAACAUACGAAAUAAGAUAUGGUAUUAUUUUCAAGAUAUGGUCCAAGCAAGAAAUAAUCACUGCGUUGUCGAAUUAAAUGGUAAAAUCUACGCGAUUGGUGGUAGAGAUGGUAAAAAUGUUCUGUCGUCGGUGGAAAGAUAUACGAUCUCCGUUGGUUGGAAGUUCGUCAACAGAUUAAUUGUUGGACGAUUUCGCGCAGGUGCAGUGACCUUGAAUGGUAAAAUUUACGUAAUGGGCGGUUCAAAUGGCAAUACUGGCUUAAACUCCGUCGAAUGCUACAAUCCGGAUUCGAAUACUUGGACUUCUUGCGCGGAUAUGACAGGUUACUUUGCUGGUAUCGCAGCACAUAAUGGUCACAUCUAUGUUUUGGGCAAUGGGGAUGGGUGCAGACCUGUUGAACGAUACGAUCCUCAUCAAGACACAUGGUCACAGAUUUGCUCUUUGGGUGUUGGCGGUGGUAAUAUAGCUUGCGUAACGCUAGACAAUAGACUAUGGGCUAUUGGUGGCAAAUCUAAAUCUGCUGGCAAGACAUGUGUUUCAGUUUUUGAUGAAGAAAUUUUCUGUUGGCUAGAAAGUGGCUCAUUACCCGAAAGUGCAGUGUAUAACAGUUUUGUGGUGCCUGAAUCCUUGCUAUCGCCGAUGUGAAUAAGAAUAAUGUACUUAUUGUUCUCUUUUUCGAUUUAACAAA